AUUCAGGUAAUUAUAACUUUUUAAAACUACGUGUCAUUUAAGUUGUAUAACAUAUUGUAAGAGUUGGGGGCUAUGGAGAGACCCAUAUUCCCGGAGCACAUGUUCGCCGAGGACUUCGAGUAUAUCUACGAACCCCAAGAGGACACGUAUGCGCUCAUCGAUUCGGUGGCCCAGGAUAUACAGCUCAUUAAAGACUAUGAUCCAUUAGUAUGUCUGGAGGUGGGCUGCGGGUCGGGCGCCGCCAUCACAUCAUUGGCUAAAUGCUUGGGUCCCACCACUCGGCUAUAUUUGGCUACGGACUUCAACCCCCGGGCGCUGACCACUACACAGAAGUGCUGUCAAGUGAAUGGCAUCACCGACUGUACGGUACAACUGGUGCGCAACGACUUGACUCAAGCCAUUCAGACGCGACUCAAACAUAGCGUGGAUUUGAUUUUGUUUAACUCGCCGUACAGGCGCUCCGAGCCCGCCCAGGUAUGU